AUGUGGCUAGAAGACCUGCUGAAGGGGAGAGGAGGUUUUCAGGAGAGGCGGAGGACAGAGCUUCGUAGAGGAGCCAGUGAAGGGCAGCUGCGUCAGCCUCUGGUGGCUCCGGUAGAACCCUCGUCAUUUAUGAUGCAUCAGUUAGAUGACACUGGAAGGCUCCGAACAAGUAUGCGAGUUGCCUUUGGAAGGCCCCAGGGCACCGUGGCCAUCAUGUCCAUCUGCACCAAGCUGCAGAACAAGGAGCACAUGAUUGAGGCCCUGCGCAGGGCCAAGUUCAAGUUCCCUGGCCACCAGAAGGUUCACAUCUCAAAGAAGUGGGGCUUCACCGAGUUCAAUGCUGAUGACUUUGAAGACAUGGUGGCUGAGAAGUGGCUCAUCCCAGAUGGCUCUGGGGUUACGUACAUCCCCAGGUGUGGCCCUCUGGAAAAAUGGCGGGCCCUACACUCAUGAGGGCUUCCACGGUGCUGCCCCCUCUUAAUACUCACCAAUAAAUCCUACUUCCUAUCAAAAAAAAAAAAA